CUUUUUUAUAGGUUACUUUCAUUUCUUUCUAUAUCAUAUCUUCAUUUGGUUAUGUGCUAUUUGUCCUGUGUAUUUUUUCAGAUUUUCAAAUAUCGGCCUUAUUAUUUAUUAGCUAAAUUUUAGCGAUGAAAUUUAAAUUUGCUUUCAUAACAUUUUGUAAAGUUAAAUAUAUCCAAAUAUUGUCAAGGAAUAUUGGAGGGAAAGUACCCACUACGCCUGUAAAUACAUUGGAAAAGUACCAAAACAAAAAAGUUGUAGUGGACAAAAACACACUUAACCUCUUGGAAAGGCUUUCCUUGGUAAAAUGCGACACUACAAAAGGAACUAAAGUAUUAGAAGAUUCUAUUGCUUUCGCCGAUAAAAUUCUUCACAUAAACACCGAUAAUGUGGAGCCUUUGUAUUCUGUUCUAGAGGAAGAAAAUCUUCAUCUACGAACUGAUAAAGUUACACAAGGAAAUUGCCAAAAAGACAUUUUAAAAAAUGCUUCUAUAACAGAGGAUGAUUAUUUUGUUGCCCCACCAGGGAAUAUACCAUUACAAGAUAUCAAAGCUGAAGAAAUAUGUGAAUUGACAAAAUAA